AUGCGGUCUGCCAUAGCAGGAACCUUCAUUCUGGUGCUCGUCUGUCUCGCAGCCGUUGAUGGACAGUGCUAUUAUGCAUUGGAUAUGAAAUUUGGUUCCGACUACUAUCUGCCAUCGCCAGACUAUCCGUUUCUAUAUCCACCGGGUACGCAGUGUUCCUAUCGGGUCAGCGCACCCUUCGGAUAUCGGAUAAAUAUAACAUGUGAGGAUUUUCAAAUUCCCAGUAGUGUCAACUGCAAGUAUGACUACCUCGCGAUCUCCUUAACUGGCCGGGAAGAUCUUCUGGAUGCAUUUACGUUUUGCGGUUCUGGUGUUAUCCAGCAGAAAUCGGUUGGCAAUCGGCUUUCCCUUAAGUUACAUUCUGCCGAUACCAGCCGCGGAGGAAAAUUUCUCUGUCGAAUGUCGAUAAUUUCGCAGAGUUGUUCCUGCGGCAAAAAGAAGACCCUGCGGAUCGUUAAUGGUGUUCAAACGAAGGUCAACGAGUUUCCCAUGAUGGCGGCAAUGAUCGAUGUGAAAUCGCGAACUAUUGUGUGCGGAGCCGUUAUAAUUGCUGAUUACUACGCCCUCACGGCAGCCCACUGCCUCCUGCCACGCUCGGUAGAUGACACGGUUUUACUGGUGGGAGAUCAUAAUCUUACCACCGGAGUGGACACAACUUAUGCCCAACCAUACGUGCUGGUUCAAUUUUUAACCCAUCCUGGUUUCACGACGCAUCCGGUUGCAAAUGACAUCGCGCUGCUGCGUACACUGCAAAGGAUACAGUACAACGCUGGCGUCGGGCCCGUUUGUCUUCCGUGGAAAUUUCGCGGCAACAACUUCGACGGUGCCACCGUGGAAGCGUGCGGUUGGGGAGACCUAGAUUUCGGUGGACCACAGGCUAAAGUGCUGAACAAGGUAUCCCUCGAUGUUAUCAGCAAUCAAGCUUGUUCGACACGGUUGAAUGGCACCAUUUCGUAUCAAAAAAUGUGCACCUACACACCGGCCAAGGAUGCCUGCCAGUCUGACUCGGGCGGACCGCUCUUCUACACCGAACCGGCGAGCGGUUUGGUCUACGAGCUUGGCAUCAUAAGCUAUGGUUUUGCGUGUGCCACCACUAAGCCCAGUGUCAACACCAGGGUCACCGAGUAUUUGGACUGGAUUAUCGCUAACAGUCCGGACACGUUCUACUGCUUUCAGUGA